AUGGUUGCUCCAAAACGAUACAAGUCCGAAAUGUUGUCUUCGUCUCCGGUGACGCUGUCAAAGAUGCGCUUGAUCUCGAAAAGCCGAAACGCAACCGUUGAAUCAAACGGCACCCAUUUCGGCGGGACUGUGAAGUCCUCCGGCGUCGUCCGAGCAUCUUCAGUGCCCUUUAGAACCGGUACAGGGCCGAUAAAGGCCAAAAAAGCUGCAGUGAAGAUGCUGAAGAAAAUACUGGAAAUAUUGAGUUCAACUGCGAUAGAACCCACACCAGUAGGGUGCAAAAUCUAUAGAACACACAGUCAGGAGAAGAAGUUUUUAAGAACUGCAUCAUGGGUUCUUGAGGCCAUCGUAGGCGAUCUUGAGGUGAUAAAUUUGGAGGCAGUUUUGGAAGACGAUCAACGUUCUAGGAGUGAAACAGAAGAGAUUUUGUGA